CCUGAGUCCUGUACUUCAACAUGGAACUCCCCACGGUGUUUCUUGUUUCUCGCGCAUUGCUCGCGUUCGGGAUCCCUUCAGGUCGCAAUGCAUCUCCACGUUCUUGCGACAGUUUGGCUGAUAACGCUGACGGCCGUCAGCGCUUCGCCUGAGAAUGUGCUCGAGGAGCGCAAUUACUGCAACAAAGAUGCUUGCUUGAGAGCUGUUUCGAAAGCGCGCACUGCGAAAGCCGACUGUUCGUCGUUCCUGCAGCCAACGGUGACUCCAUGCCCAGUAACUGUUUGCAAGACUAUCACCAAGACAACCGCUUGCAAAACAUCCACGAUCACCAAGCCUUGCACUGUCACCGCCACGCGAACCGCUAAGGAGACCACUGUGGUCACGGACAUCAUUACCGAGCCCGUAACAAUCACAACGGUAACUACCUCAACCACAACGACCACCACCGUCACGACCAUUACUGGCAUUCCGCUGCUCGAGAAACGUGAGCUCGAGGAACGCAAUGGCUGCAAAGCGACAACCCGUAGAGCCACCAAAACUCCGCAAUGCGCGGCUACGUGCAAGAACAAAGAUGCAUACUCUUCUGCCUGCUCCUGUCUUGGGGUGCGAGUGCCAAAAGCAACGACUGUAAAGGCAAAGACGGUGACAACGACAAAGACUGUAUUCACGACUUCGACUCCAGUAAUCACAGUUCCCGCGAAGCCCUGUGUCACAAAGAAGGCAACCGUCGCCGAGAUCAAGACUGAGGUCGACACCAAAACCAUCACGUCGCCAGUUGCGACUGAGACGAAGAUAAUCACGGAAACAAUUACAGAGACCUCAACCUUCACAGAGCCUCCAACGCCAUGCACCAAAUACUACGUCAGCGUGCUCGCCAAUGCCUGGUGGCAGCUUUCCACAGAUAUCGCCAGCAGUAUUCCAGGCAUAGAUCUCACCCCCGACCGAGAUGAAGCCUCGACCUUCGUCUUGUCUCCAAUAACUCCCGACAGCCCGUCUCCUUUUGAGAUUCGCACGAGCGACGGGGACGAGCCUGUCGGGAUAUUCCGAAACCCGAACAACCAGAAUGAAGUCGCGCCACUGGGCGUAAGACCUGAUGUUUUGAGAUCACUCAAUUGUGAGCGCGAUGAUCUCAACCAACUAUCCUGCAUAGAGAAUGGCUCGGAACCAGAGCUUAUCACCCAAGUUUGUUACGUGGGAGAUGGGAGGGAACAAGUGUUUGGGGGUUUUUCGAGGCAAGACAGUCCUGAGGGAGUGGAGUGCGAAUGGCUUUCCAUUUCCUUGGAGGAGGCGUGUGGUGUUCCUCCGUUGGGCUGAGUAGGAAGGACAUGGUUGGGGAGAAACAUUGGUGCGGGCAUAUGCGGCGAUGCGGGACUAUCGCUUUCUUUUCUCAGGUGCUACAUAAGAACAGUGAAUGCAGCUUCAUCCUUCCUGCCUGAAACCAGA